UACAUUUCCCUCAAAGCACUGCGCGCGUUGACGCUGGAAGUGUGCAAAUUUUCGUUGUGGAAAAAAGUUCUCAUGGUAGUUUUGAUGCCAGAGUAAAAAAAGUUUCGUCUCAGUCUAGUUUUUCUUUAGGUUGUAUCAAACCCGACGGACCAAGUCAAAGGGACCAGUACUGCGACAGAAUGGGGAGUGAACCAGGCCCAGUUCAAAUCAUCACAGUGUCUAAGGAUUCUCACUCCUUUGACUUGGACACAAAGGCUUUAGCUCAGAUUCUGUUGUCUCCUCGUGUCCGAGACAAACAUGUGGUGGUGCUGUCGGUGGCUGGGGCCUUUAGAAAGGGAAAGAGCUUCCUGCUGGAUUUUAUGCUCCGUUACAUGUACAGAAAGGGGGAUGAAGACUGGCUGGGUCGUGAUGAUGAGCCGCUGACUGGAUUCUCUUGGAGGGGGGGUUCAGAACCUGAGACGACAGGAAUCCAGCUGUGGAGCGAGGUUUUCCUCGUGAAAAAGAGCAAUGGAACAGAGGUGGCGGUGGUGUUGAUGGACACUCAGGGAGCAUUUGAUGACCAGUCUACCGUGAAGGAUUGUGCCACCAUCUUUGCUCUCAGCACCAUGACCAGCUCGAUACAGCUCUACAACCUGUCACAGAACAUUCAAGAGGAUGAUCUACAACAACUGCAGCUUUUCACAGAGUAUGGUCGUCUUGCCAUGGAUGAAAUUUUCCAGAAACCUUUCCAGUCUUUAAUGUUCCUCAUCAGAGACUGGAGCUUUCCUUAUGAAUAUAAGUACGGGUUUAAAGGAGGCAGUGAAUUCCUGGAUAAACGUUUACAGGUUAAGGAGGCCCAACACGAGGAGCUGCAGACGGUGAGAGAGCACAUUCAUUCCUGCUUCACCAAAAUCUCCUGCUUCUUGUUGCCUCACCCUGGGUUGAAGGUUGCAACCAGCCCUUCGUUUAAGGGACAACUUCAAGAUGUGGCACCAGAGUUCAAGGAGCAACUGCAGAGUCUCAUUCCUAAGCUACUGGAUCCAGACAGUCUGGCUGAGAAAGAGAUUAAUGGGAACAAAGUCACUUGCAGGGGUCUUCUUGAGUUCUUCAAGGCCUAUAUCAAGAUUUACCAGGGAGAAGAUUUACCACAGCCAAAGUCUAUGCUCCUUGCUACAGCAGAGGCCAACAACCUGGCCGCAGUGGCAGCAGCCAAAGAUCAGUAUUACAAAAACAUGGAGAAGGUGUGUGGGGGAGACCUGCCCUACGUGGCUCCUGACUCUCUGGAGGAAAAGCAUCACUUUCACUUUAGGGAGGCUCUUCACUCCUUCUCAUCCACAAAGAAGAUGGGCGGACAGGAAUUUUGUGAUCGUUACCAAGCAAAGCUUGUAAAGGAUAUGGAGGAAAUGUGGCAGUCUUUCUCUAAGCACAAUGAGUCAAAAAAUCUCUUCAGCGCCUUCCGUACACCUGCGGUGCUGUUCGUCCUUGUGUGCCUCCUCUACGUGCUGUCAGGCUUGUUGAUCUUCAUCGGCCUACCGUUCUUUGCCAUGAUAUCUGACUGUACUUUGGGUGUGGUCAUGAUGGCCAUGCUGACGUGGGCCUUCAUUCGCUACUCUGGUCGGUACCGGAACGUGGGAGGAGCCAUUGAUCAGGCAGCAGGCAUUGUCCUGGAACAGGCCACUGAGAUGUUGAACAAAUCAAGGGGGACAAACGUGGGUGAGGUCAAGAAGAAAACCAGUUAAAUGACCUUUGAGCCUUCAUAAUCUCGAUCCAGUGCAACCAGCUCACAUUCAGCCCUAAAGCCUUAUUCUUCACCUGUUAAAAUAAACAUGCAGCUCAAACACAUUGGCAAAAUCAUAAUCCAGAUUCACCAGUAUCUAUAUUAUGAAAAACUCCAUAAAGUCCAGGUUGAGGCAGGGAGUCAAACUGCCCCAGUACAUCAGUCACCAUUUUACGGGUUUGUUACUGCUCACAAGUCAGUGUUUAACUUAAAAAACACUAUGUUUCAGCUGAAUGAAUUGUUCAAACAGGGUGCUUUUAAAUGAUCUUUUCCUAUAACAUUGCUAAAUAGUCACCUUUGGUUAUUGGUACAAUCGUUUGGUAAUGGUGGCUUUCAAGCUCAUGGAUUUAUACAUUUUCUCUUUUGCUACAGAUUUACUUAUUGGCCUUAAAACAUUCCAUAUUGUUUGUAGAUUUUCUUUAUACUUACUAUAAACUAGCAUUUCUAGGCAGGUGAACUGUCACCGUUUAUACUGUAGAAGAAGAUUCAAAGUGCUUCAAGUGCUGUUGCCAUUUAUUCUCUGAUGUGUUAAACUUUCUUUUUUUGAUUUUGACACUGUAGAGUAUGCUUGUCUCUUUUAGAGACAUUAUAUACCAGAAAACCUUUCAAACUCCAAAGAUGAGUAUCUGUCAGUCAAAGGCUUAGCUUUACAUGUUCUUCUUUUGGCCUUGUAGUCUCAAGGAAUAAAAGGAAAUAUAAUAGGAUAUUUAAACAGUCGUAUCUUCUAUAAGUCACAUAGACCUUAUUCCUUUAGGUCUAUAUAAUUCAGAUAUUUGUUUGUUGCAAGUAUUUUCUAAAAAUGUUGCAAGUAUUUUCUAAAAAAAAUUAAUUACUUGCUAAAAUUGUUCUGUCAAUGUCAAACUUGUUUUUAUUACAAACCACUGCUGCUUGAACCUAUUUCAUAGAAUCAAGGCUUUAUUUUUGACUGGUCGUGGUUGUAUUACUGCAGCUACGCAACUAGAGAAAAAUAGUUUCUAAAAUUCUCAUUGACAUGCAGCCGUUUGACCUUUGGCCAGUCAUACAGAGAACUGAAAUAAGGACCAGGCGGGGCUUCUCAGGCCAACUUUGACUGAAUGGAUAAAAGGACUCUAAUUAUAUGACUAUGCCUAAAUCUGAUUGUGAUGAAAUAUGCAUUCCUUCAGAAACACUCCUUAGCAACUAGACUUAAACAAUAUGCCUUUUAGAAGAAGGGGAAUCAUGUCAUAUGUAAAAAAAAUUCUUUAACCUAUACGAGCAAAUAGAGCUGACAAUGCUCAUUAAUGUCCUUACACUACAGGAAAAAGAAUACAAGGCCAAACCUUGACCUUAGGAAUAUGGAGGAUGGAGGUUUUAGAAACUUGCAGUCUACGUUUUUGCACAUUCUGUGUCUUUCCCUUUCCACAAGAGGAGGAAACUUCAGUGUUUUUUACAAGCACAUACUUUUGCACUUCCCUCCUCUUUGGUGCUUUUUGCACAGCACUCAUUCCAAAAGUCGGUAAAUCCAUUCAAUAUUGUAAUGACAGCUUUUGCAGAGGUUGAGAACUGCUGUUUUGAAGAAUAAAUAAGAGCUUGACACUG